UCUGUCAACAUUUAUCUACGCCAAAACUGGACAGAUCCAAGACUGGCAUUCGAGCCCGAUCCGGAGGCCGAGAUAGGAGACAUGAUCAAAUUAGAUGAACAUUUUUACCGCAAGAUCUGGCUUCCCGACAUUUUCAUUCGCAACGAGAAAAGGGCCAACUUUCACGAAGUUACGAUCCCGAACAGGUUAAUGAGGUUAUACUCCAACGGCGCCGUGUGGUAUGUGACGAAAAUAACUGCAACACUAGACUGCUACAUGGAUCUUACCAACUAUCCACUUGACGUUCAGAAAUGUCCAUUAUCUCUAGAAAGUUUUGGCAAUACCAUGGAUGUUCUCACUUUCAAAUGGAUGGAUAAUGCAGUGGAGAAAGACGAAAAUCUAAGAUUACCGGAAUAUACCCUUACAAGUUUCGAUUUCCAGGAUUGUUCACGAGUUUAUGCAGCUGGCGCUUUCCCAUGUCUCAACGUGGACUUCUUCUUGGACAGAAACCGCGAGUACUUCGUGAUGCAGGUUUACCUGCCCAGCGUCCUCAUUGUCAUCAUGUCCUGGGUGGGGUUCUGGAUCAGCAUCGACGCGAGCCCGGCCAGGGUGUCCAUUGGACUCUUAACAGUGCUGACAAUUACGACGCAGGCUACGGCGUCCAGGGCCUCACAGCCGAAGGUGUCUUACAUCAAGGCAAUUGACGUCUGGUUGGCCAUGUGUUUGGUGUUUGUAUUCGCCUCGCUUCUGGAGUACUCCCUCGUGAACACAUUCAGUAGGCGACAGGUCCCAAAACCUGUUCGAAACCGUGCCCAAGGGAUAUUCUGCAACUCUAACAGUGAAAAGAAGAAAAUGUGUGAUGAUCUACAGCCACACGUUGAGGCUGCUCCGGAGAAGGAAGAGGUACCCGAUCCGCAAGGCAGAGAAAAGGCAAAGCGUGUGGACACUGUGUCUCGGAUUCUAUUUCCCUUCAGUUUUAUACUCUUCUGUUUUGUCUAUGGACUUUACUACGUAGUUUUCGCACGUUCGAGCUUUUCAGUUUAGUUUUACGAAAUAACAUUUAUACUCUGACACAUACACAGAAAACUAGACGUAAAUAGCUGCUAUAUUCAAAGAUAAAUCCACUUUUGACUUUGGUUUACAAAAGAAAGCUAAAAAAUGCGCCUGGAAUCGUACCAUAAGAGCACAGUGAGUUUUUUUUCGCAAAAUGUGACUCUUACGUUGUGACAUCUGCGUUCUGUUGGUGAUAGUGAAUACAUUUGACCCAAGAGAGGUAAUUUUCCUUUUUUUUUGCGGGGGGGAGGGGGUGCUAUUUCUGAUAGCAGACGCUCAAUCGCGACUGUGUUUCUCAGAUGAUUCAAGACAAAAUCAGAUACCGUUUCCUGUGGUCCGCUUAGACUUUUUCUUCGAAAGAGAAGGAACAAUCUUUGAAUACGUUUCUUCUCCUUGCAAUACAUUUGGACGCCAACAAACCUUUUUAAUCAACGUGCUUUGGGCGUGUUUGUACACGGUAAUUUAGCAUAUGUGAUUAGUGUGAUAAUUUCGCCCUUUUUCGCCAUAGGUCUUUUUAAUGUUUUUAUUAAUGUCCUUCUUGGAAAAUUGAUCGAACAAUUCACAGUCGUCGUGUCAUUUUAUCGAUUCAUAGACAUUUUCAUCUCUUGCUAUAUACACUAGUAUCCUGUAAUUGUGAAUUAACUUUUCUUUAAGGUACCCUAGCUUUACAUUUCUAUGUACAUGUAGCCCCAAAUGUAUAAAUUAUAUUAUAUUAUUAUAAAAAGUUUGUCAUUUUAGGAACAAACUAAUUUCAUAGAAAACGUAAUUCACGCAAAUGUCUUUUAAAGGAAUUGCCAUUUGCAUGCUUUAUAUUUCCAUAUGUAUUUGAUGCUA